UCGGGGAGGAACUGCCGCGCUCCGGCCGACUCCCCCGCCGGCGGGCGGGCGGGGCGGGGGGCUCCCGGGGCUCCGGCACUGCCGCGCGCAGCCCUGGACGCCGACCCCGAGGGGCACGCGCGGCCCUCCCCGCCGCCGCCCCCCGCGCACCUCCGGACAAAACCCUAAUCGGGAAAUUCGUUGCGCCCCUCCGGCGGGGAGGUUUGGCCCCCACCAGGGACCGCCGCCACCCGCGGGCGCUAUGAGCCAGGUGCUGGGGAAGCCGCCGCCGGGGGACGGCGACGACGACGACGAGGAGGACGAGCUGGUGGGGCUGGCGGACUACGGGGACGGGCCCGAGUCCUCGGACGCCGACCCGGACAGCGGCGCUGAGGAAGUUCUGGACUUCAGCGAUCCGUUCAGCACUGAAGUGAAGCCGAGAAUCCUGCUCAUGGGCCUGAGGAGAAGCGGCAAGUCGUCUAUUCAGAAAGUUGUCUUUCACAAAAUGUCUCCCAACGAAACCCUGUUCUUGGAGAGCACCAACAAGAUCUGCCGGGAAGAUGUUUCCAACAGCUCCUUUGUUAAUUUCCAGAUUUGGGACUUCCCGGGACAGAUUGACUUUUUUGACCCUACAUUUGACUAUGAGAUGAUCUUCCGGGGAACAGGAGCCCUGAUAUUUGUCAUAGACUCCCAGUCAUACCUCAGUACAGCUAGAAAAAGCACAGUAUCUGUGGAAGACAGCCUAGAAUGGUCCAGAAGCAAAGCAGCGCCUCCCCUGACAGAAGUGUGCCUUCCUUCCCAGGACGAUUACAUGGAAGCCCUGGCCAGGCUCCACCUCACCGUGACCAGGGCCUACAAAGUGAACACUGACAUCAACUUCGAGGUGUUUAUUCAUAAGGUGGACGGUCUGUCAGAUGACCACAAAAUCGAGACCCAAAGAGAUAUUCAUCAGAGGGCAAACGAUGACCUUGCUGAUGCUGGAUUAGAAAAAAUUCACCUCAGCUUUUAUCUGACAAGCAUAUAUGAUCAUUCAAUAUUUGAAGCUUUUAGCAAAGUGGUUCAGAAACUGAUUCCACAACUCCCCACCCUGGAGAAUUUGCUAAACAUCUUUAUCUCAAAUUCUGGAAUUGAAAAGGCUUUUCUAUUUGACGUGGUCAGUAAAAUUUAUAUUGCAACUGAUAGUACUCCAGUGGAUAUGCAAACCUACGAGCUCUGCUGUGAUAUGAUCGAUGUGGUUAUUGAUAUCUCUUGUAUUUAUGGUCUCAAAGAAGAUGGAGCAGGAACCCCUUAUGACAAGGAAUCAACAGCCAUUAUAAAGCUGAAUAAUACAACGGUUCUUUAUUUAAAAGAGGUGACAAAGUUCCUGGCUCUUGUUUGCUUUGUCAGAGAGGAAAGCUUUGAAAGAAAAGGGCUUAUUGACUAUAAUUUUCAUUGCUUCCGGAAGGCCAUCCAUGAAGUUUUCGAGGUGAGAAUGAAAGUGGUAAAAUCACGAAAGGUUCAGAAUCAGCUGCAGAAGAAAGGAGCCCCCCCCAAUGGGACCCCAAGAGUGCUGUUGUAGUAAGGUGUCAGGACCGUCUGUUGAAAUCAGACCUUUCACUGAAGCUGCUGCGCUGUGUUGCACUAAAGGAAAAGGAGGAGGAGAUUGGGACACAUGACAUAUUUGUUGUAAAAAAGAAAAAAAUUCCUGCAACCCUUUUAGUCUUUUUUAAAUAAAGUAAGCACUUUGAAGCAAACACUUGUAUUUUAACAAUGAAGUGAAAUCCAUUGUAAUUGCAUUACACAAACGUAAACUUUUAUGGUCUGCAGUCAGAAAAAUCCUGUGUAAGAACUGCCAGGAACUGUAUAUAUUUUGCACUUUUUCAUGUUUCACUGAACUGAUCUUUGAUAAAACAACUUUUCUAAGCUUUUUUCUGUAUGUGGAGUCAAGGACAUGCAUACUGUAGUCCAUGUGUAUAUGGCAAUCAGAAAUUAAUCAAAAGGCAGUGAGUGGGCAAUGACUUUUUAUAAAUCUGAGAAUAUUUGCUACCAAUUGUUGAGGAAAAAUCAUUUUUCAUUAGAGCUGGAACAGAUGGGGACAGGCAGCAAGCUCGAAGAGCAGUAAGAGCUGUCGUCUGGUAAUAACUGGUGUAAACAGGAGUUUUGUGGAGUAAUGUUAGCGCCAGACUCGGAUACCUGAAAACUUCCAUAGCUGUGACAGUGCUUUCCUACUCAACAGUUUUGACAUAGCUCUUUACCUCAACACAUUUCUGCCUAUUUAUACAGAGGGGUCAUUUCCUUUUGCUGCAUUACAGUUCUUCAGAACCUCUGGGACCACAUUUCCAAAGUGGUGCCAAUCACUGGACAGAAUUGAGAACUGUGGGGUUUCUGGAAGCUUUUCAGUAACUGCUACCCACACCCAAGUAACAUCAGAGCCACAUGUUUUCCCAAAUGCGACUGGCAACUGCAGAUUUAAAAACCUGUGCAGUUACUUACGUUUGGCCCAUGUUAAAUGGGCCUGUAACUGCAACAUUUAAAGUACUUAGAACCAGUUUUUUGUGUUUGUUUUUUUACUGCUCUGUAACCAUGGAGAAUGUCUAGAUCUCUCUAGCACAGAGCUUAAUGCUGAUGGGCACAGUUGUCAUCUCUGAGCCUCAUCUGCUGCAGUGUGCCUAGUGUACUCUACCCGUUCCCACCUUGUGAUUGAACUAGAGUUCAGCUUACUGGUAGCACUCUCUGCACAGUGAAACAUCUGUCCUGAAAACCCCUAAAUAUCUGUAGAAAGAGGAUGGUCAGCGGAGACAUUACAGUUUGCUAUGUAUUUGUUUCUAGGAAAUUCUUCCUUGGCAUGUUUACUUGACUAUGGGGAAGUUAGGAGACUCUUGAAUCUACCCCCACCCCAAACCAUUCCAAGUAGCUAGAACCGAUGUCCAGUCUAAGACUCAGUGUCCUGAAGCUUGCUUGGGAGGUUUUUUGUUUUCUUGUUUUUUUACCAGAGCCUCAUAGGGACAGCAAAAGCUGGUCCUAGCAAAAAUGUAUCAAUUUCCUAUGGCAACCUGUCCUUGAAAUUACCCUACUUGUAUUUGGGGCUUCUUUUCUGUCCUCUCCUUCCUUCCUCAAGUCCUAUUUGAAGCUGGUAACUGCAAUUUAAGAUGGGAACUGAUUUGAGCCCCCCUCCCCCCAAGGGUCUGCAUUUUAGGAGGAAAUUUGUAAAAAUCACUAAGGUGCCCUAACUCCAUGACUCCUACUGGGAAACCUGGAUGGGUUAGGAACCCAGGGCUCUAGGGAAGUCUUUUCCUUAACUUUGGACCUAUAUACUCCCUGCUGGGUCUUUGCCAACAGGCCUGGUGCAUAUGGGUCGUUCUUAUAAACUUAAUUCUGUGAUUUUUUUACACAGUAGUUCUUGUUGAAUAAGCUUAAAGAAUUGCUUUUCUAAUGUGACUUGAUCCUCAAGAAGGAUACUUGCCUAUCUGGUAAAUCACACACAGGUAUAUGUACUACUGUAACCAGGUGGAGCUUCCAUUUUAAGGUGGGGUAUAUGAUGGGUUUUUGUUAAAAUGUGCCUUAAAAGCCUAUCACUUCAAAAGCAAAUGAUUCUUUAGGGGAAGGGCGAAAAUAAUCCUAUGGCAUGGGAGUCAGCUUCACCAUAGUGCACUCUGAUUAAUCACAUCGAUAUGUAGAUUCCUGCCUCAAACCUGUAAGCAUGGCAAUGACCUCUUAGUGAAAUUCAUAUGUGGGAGUAUGUUUUAGCAUUCCGUUUUUUAAGUCUGUGCUACUGGAAUUAUAAAAAUCAAUUCCUUUUGCAAUUUAUUUUGAUAUGAGACUUAGCUUACUGCGCUAUGCAUGACCUCGUGUAGGUCACCAAUGUAAAGCUAUAUAUACAAAGUCCAAAUCUAUGGCUACAAUGACUGCUCUGGAACAUUUUUUGCUCAUUUUCAAAGGUUGAGAACUUGACCUGCAGGUUUCCAGGCCAAUUAGAACUUCUAUGUGGAGGUGAGACUCUGUAAAUUAUCAUCUUUGGUUAUUUUUAGUGAUGCAGGUUAGUAUGUAUAACCAGGGUAGAGUGUUUUUGCAGAAAUACAAAUCAAACACUGGUUGGCAUUUAUGGGCAGUGUUAUUUUGUGAACAUAUUUUGGACCCUUAAUUAUAAAAUGACUAGAAACAGCAAUAUUGUUAUAUACGGGUUAUAUGCUAACUGUUUGAAACUACUCCAGAAAAACACCUGAACUGUCUUGAUUUAUUAAAGUACGGUAUGCAUUCAACUUAA